AUGGACCGUUCAAGUGGAGAGAUGUUUGCCGGGCCUCGGAGGCUGGGAGAGAUGCGCCCAGAUCGCGAACUCCCAGGAGGCCAAGACUCUGCAGGGAGCGGCAGCCUGAGCCCAGGGGGGCUUGUUAGUGGCAGGGAGCCCUCAGGACUGCGACACCGGGGAUCCAGCUAUAACAGGACUCUUGUCCUCAGCCCCUCCCCUCUCGGGCGCCCAGCAAACCGGUUUGCAAGUGAAAGUUCCAUAACUGAGUUUGUGUUGGUGGGAUUCUCCAACCUCCCAGACCUGAGGACCACACUCUUCGCCUUGUUCUUCCUCACGUACAUGGUCACCCUCAGUGGCAACGUCACCAUCAUCACCAUCAUCCAUGUGGACCGUACCCUCCACACACCCAUGUACCGCUUCCUGGCAGUGCUGUCCCUCUCUGAGACCUGCUACACCCUGGUCACCAUCCCCAACAUGCUAGCCCACCUGCUACUGGAGAGUCAGGCCAUCUCCAUCGCUGGCUGCCGGGCUCAGAUGUUCUUCUUCCUGGGCUUGGGGUGUAGUCACUGCUUCCUCCUGACCUUGAUGGGUUAUGACCGGUACGUGGCCAUCUGUCACCCCCUCCGCUACUCAGUGAUCAUGAGACCCACCAUAUGCCUCAGCUUAGGGGCCGUGGUCUUCUGCUCCGGCUUCUCCGUGGCCUUGAUCGAGACCAGCAUGAUCUUCUCCUCUCCUUUCUGCCACAGCAACCGCGUGGAGCACUUCUUCUGCGACAUCGCCCCAGUCCUGAAGCUCAGCUGUGCUGAGAGCGCCAGCAAGGGGCUGGCCAUCUUCUUCCUAAGCAUCCUGGUGGUGCUCGUCUCCUUCCUCCUCAUCCUCCUCUCCUACACCUUCAUCGUGGCCGCCAUCGUGAGGAUCCCCUCGGCCGCUGGCCGGCACAAGGCCUUCUCCACCUGUGCUGCCCACCUCACCGUGGUCAUCGUGCACUUCGGCUGUGCCUCCAUCAUCUACCUUCGGCCUGACUCGGGGGCAAACCCUGACCAGGACCGCCUGAUUGCUGUCUUCUACACGGUGGUGACGCCGCUGCUGAACCCCGUGGUGUACACGCUGCGGAAUAAGGAGGUGAGGGUGGCUCUGAGGCGGACCCUGGCGCGUGGCUGUGGGUCUCAGACCUUUUAA